UCUUUCAAACCAAGAACCGAACAUUAAAGAGCCAUAUAUUAGUGAGGACACAGUUUACAUUGAAGGGAAAACCUACUCGACUGAUAAUUUCACUAACGUGACACCAACAAUCUUAUCCAAAAUCACAAGGAAACUUCAUCUUCAGCAACAAAACCGACAAACAUCUAAUUAUCAUCACCCAAUUUCAAUACUAGCCAAUAAAAUUAAAACACAUUUUAAUGAAUUUGAUUAUUUUGAUUCAUUUAAUCCAGUGGUUACAACAAAAGAAAAUUUCGAUGAUCUUGGAUUUCCGAUAGAUCAUCCGGGUAGAAGUACCACAGAUAGUUAUUAUAUUAAUAAAAAUGUUAUGCUAAGAACUCACACAUCAGCUCAUCAAUUACAAGCCUUCAAAUUGGGAUAUGAGAAAUUUUUGAUUAGUGCAGAUGUUUAUCGAAGAGAUGAGAUUGAUUCAAAUCAUUAUCCUGUUUUUCAUCAAAUGGAAGGUGCAAGGAUUUUCCCAAUUGAUAAAGUUAUUGCACAAGUUAAUAAUGAACUAAUGUUGAAUUCUUCUUUUAGUAGUAGUAGUAAGAAUAAGAGUAAGAGUGGUAAUGAUGGUGAUGGUGAUGACAAAGUAAAAACAAAUGAUGAUACAAUAGUUGGAUCAUCGAAUCCUUUACAAUCUUGCCACCCAAUUGAAGAAGCUAAUGCAACAAUAAAACAUUUAAAAUAUUCAUUGAAUAGCAUGGUUAGAUGGAUUGAUGCAUAUUUUCCAUUUACAAGUCCAAGUUGGGAAAUGGAAAUAUUUUAUAAUGGGAAAUGGCUUGAAAUUUGUGGAUGUCAAUCGAAUAAGAUUGGAUGGGCAUUUGGAUUAGGUUUGGAACGUAUAGCGAUGGUAUUGUUUGGUAUACCGGAUAUAAGAUUAUUUUGGUCAAAAGAUGAACGAUUCACAAGUCAAUUCACAUCCUCAAAUAAAAUAGUAAAAUUUCAACCAUUUUCCAAACAUCCAUCCUGUACAAAAGAUAUUAGUUUUUGGUUGAAUAAUGAAGAAGAUGGAAGAGAAAUAAAAUUUCAUGAAAACAAUUUUUGUGAAAUAGUAAGAGCAAUUGCUGCAGAUUUAGUAGAAGAUGUUAAAUUGGUUGAUGAUUUUAUAAAUCCAAAAACUAAAAAACGUAGUCUAUGCUAUAGAAUUAAUUAUAGAUCUAUGGAUAGAACAUGUACAAACGAAGAAAUCAAUGACAUUCAAGAAAAAGUAAGAAAUAAUAUCGAGAAAGAAUUAAAUGUUACGUUAAGAUAA